CUAGUAAAUAAGAAAAAUUGCUUGUUCUUGUCUCGCUUUAUUUUGCGACGGCCUUUGCUCGCAACAUCAGAAGUACAUUACAAAUCACCAUGGCCUUUCCUGGUUUCGCGGUGGGAUUAGGUUCCUCUGCCUCCACGCGAGCGCUCGACGGGUCACACUCGGUCUGUUUACCAAACGGUUCAUCAAACCGGGUGGGGCCGGGCAAACUGAUCGCGUCCGCCAGCCUGAAGGACGUGAGGCUUGGUAGCAAAACUCAUGAGCUGUCUAGCAACAAUGUUUACCCCAGAAGUAGUUCGACAACGAGGGUCAGUGCGACGAAGAAGUUUGCUGAAGCUUCGUCGGUGGCAAACGCAACUAAAGGCGAAGCACCGUUUUCAAGGAGAACACCGUCCGUCAGUGGCACGCCCAAAGAACAUCAACGCACGACAGACUAUGUGAACGUCCAAACAAUGGCAGCUUCAUCUUCUGCUUCAAGUGGACCGAAUCGUGCUGCUGCGACACCGACCGCGCAUACGAUCGCACAAGCGCCGCAGCGGUUAACUCGACUGCAAAUGACACGGAGUGUGUCUGAUCGGCAUCUGAUGAUGCUGUCAUCUUCUACUUCUGCAAACCGGCCCUUUAUUGGAGGUGCAAUUUCUACAUCAUCUUCCACUACGUCUGCUUUUGCGCGGACAGUGCUCGCAGCAUCCCCGUCUUCGUCGCAAUUGCGCCGGCCGGACUUGCAGCUUGGGUCAUUUAUUUCAACCGCAGGCGCCACUGCAACUGGCAGCAGAGCAAACUCAAAAAAAGUGGCAGGGGUAGCGCACAGGGAAGUACCAGGUGCUGGUGUGCAAAAUGUGAAUCUCACGACGACGUUUUUGAGCAGCGCUGCUGUUUCUGGUAGUUCCUCGAAGACCGCUACAACGAACUCCUCCCUCGCGCAAAGCGCGAUGAAGCCGCCGCCGCCGUUGCAGCUGAACCUGAAAAAAGCGCGGAUUCGGCCGUUCGAGGAACGAUUGGCGGAUUUUUCUGCAGGUGGAGCGGAGAAUUUUUCGCAGUCCAGCACGACAACCGCACCUGCCGGUCGUUCUGGAAGCGAAAAGAAGGCGCAAGGCCCGGGAGCAGAGGUGUCAAGCGAGGAAAGGGGGAAGGGUGCGACGUCGUCACCAAGUGAGGGAAAGACGGGGCCGGGACUCCUGGGAAGUGGUGGAGAAACGACUGCGAAAAAGAACGCAGAACCAGGUAACAAAAUCGCGCAAGAAGAUCAUGAAUUGAUGAAAUCUGAAGGUAUGGCACCAAAAUCCGCUCUGCCAUCCACUUUCGGGAGCGCAAAACCGCUGUAUGGUUCGUCGUUCAUCCGCGCACGGGCAGGCACCGGCGGCAGCGUGGUCAAGGGAGAAAAGCCAGAUGUGGCGCAGGUAAACAGUGCUGGGACUAAGGAUAUUCGAAACCUGUAGUGCACGACCUUUCUCAGAUUCAUUCGAUGAGCAUGCAUGUCAAGAAGUAGUACAAUCUACAGCAAAACCUACAACUACAAGUCCAGCAAGUGAAAUUGUUCAGGUCGUCAAGGCUGUCGCAGCGAACACCAUAACUGUAAAAAAGGACACAGAGGACGGAUCUUUACUGCGACAGGAAUUGCAAGAGCCUCACGGCGAUGGUUUUCUGCGACCGGCAGAAGGUUGCUCAUCCAGCAUCGGAGCAGAUCUUCACGCACUGGGGGAAGUAAAAGACCACCUUUACGAGGAAAAGGAUAGCAGUGCCAGCGCGUUUCGCGAGUUGAGCGGUGCUGCCCCAGCUUCGUUUGGGAAGAGACCGCAAAGUACAGAUGUGAUUUUUUCGAAGAUGAAAUUGAAUUUGAAAUUUGACCCCUUGUUCGCUGUUGCUGCAGUUGGUUCUGUAGAAAUGAAAUCUUAUCGUUACCUUCAUCUGCAGGACCUCCACAACACCUCACCCAAUCCGCGUCUCGCCAGCAGCUGCACCCGGAUUUGCUCCUAGCGAAGUCUGCCCGCUUGCGAAAAAAGGUGUCCGCGGAGAUGACCAAAGCGCGGGAAGCGAGUCGUUUUCUGGAGGCAGACUGCGAGCUCGCCGUGAAGAGGACCCGGUACGUGGAGCAGCAGCUACGGCAAGCGCAGAACGAGUUGGAAACGAUUGCGAGCAGCAGUGCAGUUUCGUCGAAUUAUUGUGCGAAAACUACCAGUAAAGGUAACCGGCCAGUUCCAGGGGGUACCACGACCUCCAAAGGAUCCUCGUCCGUAGGAAGCAGUGUGCGGGAACAAAGCUGUAGCGCCGCCGACAGCAGGACGAGAGCGGGAGCAGCCGUCGUGGUGCGCGAUAGUACAUCAACCAAAGCGCGUAGUGGGCAGAGAAUGACGGCGACUUCUGCAAGUACUGCAAAGGAGGCAACAAACCUUUCCCGACGAAAUUCGAGACGGGAGGGAGCUACUGUAGUACCUGCCGCUAUUGGAGCUCGUGGCACAUCUGUAACAAGUAAAACCUCGUCGUCCGCCGGAGGUGCUGCCAGGAGCAAAACCACCACUGCAUCGAGGGAGGCUUCUAAGGCAUCGUCGACUGUGCAAGACACGACUGAGAACUCCGCCUCCAUUCGCUCCACAAAUGCCAGAACUGCAAAAACCUCUCAGUCCUCUCACAUGUUGCGUCGGCAGGAGCAGAAAGUCGCGAAACUGCUUGCUGACCUUCGCAAAGCCUCUGAUUCGGAGCAAUCUUUGCGAACGAAAUUGCAGGAAUCAGAACAAACGUACAAAAGGUUGGAAAGGAAAUUUCAGCACUGCCAGGCCAUCGCCACGGAUUUGUUCUUGGGGACAAAAGUUGUAGCUGGGUCCGCGUCUGCCCCAACUGGUAUUAAUAACGCGGCCAUGAUGGCAAACGCAAGUCAUGACCACCAGGCGUCAGCGAGUUUUUUUCCCGGCACUGUAUCUGCAUCAGCGAGCCACAGCCUCGUGGAGCCACAGGGAGUUCUUGCUGAAGGCGAGCACGACAUUUUUGUUGACGAAGAGAGAUAUGGUUUGCAGCCAAGCCACAAAGCGGAGUCUGAAGUUCGUCCGGAGGCCUCGUCACAGAAGCGUGCUGCGGUUGCAGAAGUAGAUCAGAGCCAAAAAUUAGCGCAGGCUGGUACUGUACCAACUACAACGAGCUUGCAACGGGAGAUGAGCAACUCCUCGGCCAAGAAUCUCGAAACCAGCACGACCAUGAACCUUGUCGACAGUGAGGCGAGCACCGAGAAGAUAAAGUCGCGCUGCGUUGUCCGCACGACACACACACACUCCCUGAAAUCCUUAUUUGGGAACAUUAACGAGAACCGGUUUAUUGGGAAUGCAACGGCGAAUACGACAACAUCGAAUGGCGCGGUGUCCUCCUCAUCGUCCCGUUUCAUGAACAAUAAAACCAACACACAUUUCACCACCACCGCACACCACGCGCAGAUGAAUCAUUGUAACCAAAUUUCAACAACAUCAAACACCUUCGCCCCGCCGCCCCGCACGCUCUAUGCGUUCCAGCCGUCGCCCGACGAUGAGCAAGAGCCACCGGAAGACUCGCCGCUGGACCCGACCGUGUUGCAAUUUACCACGCCGUAUCAAAUGCAAAAAUGUCUGGGUCUGGAAACUUGUGAUGCUGGGUGGCGUCUCAUGAUGAGGCUACGAACGCUGGCUCAGCAUGGCAAGUUUCUGAGCUCCUAGGUGUUGCCUAUUCUGCAUGACAAACUGCGCUUCUGCAUCACAGCAAAACGGAGCUCAUCUUGGGUAACGUGCAUGACAGAUUUAAGAGUCAUGCCAGACAAGGAGCAUGACAAACAUGAAUUCUUCCCGACCCAGAUAUUUUUACAGUUGAUACGCCGGUACAGGCCAACCCGGAUCCGCACUCGAGAUUGGAGAACGCGCUGGCCAGUGCAGAGCAGCAGUUGCGAAAAACGAAGACGCGAGGAUUUUACAACACCAAUGUCAAGGCUACCUCGCCUGUUUUCUCGAAUUAGAGCGCUUGGAGAUGUGUUUGCCGAGGCCGCGAGGUUGUAGUUCAUGAACUUGCUUGCUAGAAAAUGAGAAACCAUAUUAAACCAACUACACGAGAGCACGGUCGCACCUUCACAUCUGUGUGAGCGUGAUCCGUUCCCGAGAGCGUUUAGUGAUUGUGUUCUUUGUACCCCAACUUCUUCAUUGUUGUCGCCGAAUAUUGUCGUAGUCGUUCACCUUUUAUUUUCACUUUUUCAUACUUGUUAGUAUGAGUCCGGCAGUAUACUAUGAAUGAAAAUCCAAGGGAUUCGGUGAACUGGUACUAUCGUCAAAAUGAAAAUGAAAAAGCGUAUGCAUCCUUUGGAAAGAAGAUGUUUACGUACACGAUAAAUUCAAAGAUCUCCCUCAGCGAUCUUUAAUACGGAUUGAUAAAUAAUUAUGAUGGCGAGUAAAUAUUUACAUGUUGUCACUCGUUGUCUCGGUCGGUCUGCAAAAUAGAUACUACGAAUGUGACCACGCAAAUAAUACAGACAAGCGGAUCUUCUCCCCUCUGUAGCUUUACCCACCGCAAAAAAUUUUGAUCUCGAAACGUCAAAAGUGGAUCAAUACAAGGUCUUCAUCUCGAGCAGGUGGAAUUCGGUCGUUGGGACUUCUGUAGAAGGCGCGCAUUGAGACGCCUACUGCUCUCUGCCGAGCAGAGUAGAGAAUUGAGAUCUGCACGCUGCCUUCCGAGCUUUCUGCUCACCCGCCGAAUGGCCAAGCAUCAAAAGGGAUAACCUACAAAUGUCUUUCGGAACAACCACAGCAACACUCUUUUUUGGAGCGUAGUUUCGAAGAACGCGAUCUGCGUUCGAAUUGGAAGUAAAAGCGAAGGAGCAUUUUCAUUCUGCUUGCUGUAAGUAAACGAAAAACUGUGACUGCUAAACAUAUUCCCUUGCUAAAUAUAUUCUAAACAUAUUCCCUUGCGAAAACUGUGACUGCUAAAUAUAUUCCCCCUGCUAUCCCUUGCUAAAUAUAUUCUUUAUACUGUCUUAUCCUCUUUGCUAUUUUUACUUCGUUUUCUGAUUCAUUGUAGAACAAAAUUGGAAAACCCACAGCAAAUCAGGGCCAGAAAAGAACGCUUUUAUUUACUUUUACAUCUCGCCUACAGAUAACACGCUGCUCCUUGUGUCGAGCCGUUUCUUCAAGGCAGCGCGAGUAAGUGUUUUAAAAGAGCAUAACUAUGGCGUCCCUCUUUCGUCGCGUACUUGCCGCGGCCGGGGCUGGUAUCUCUCUCCACUUGCGCAGAGAAUUACUAUUCAGCGCAGUCCUGCUGGGCGGGCGUGGUGCUUUUGAAACCUCUGGGAUGAAUGCCAGCCACUCUACUCGCCCGUUCGUGGUUGCUGUCCAGGUGCGGCCAUCUUGGAAGCCAAGUUUGUGGCGGCCAUCCCGUUUGUGGUUGUUUCCGGGAGGCGGCCCAAGCCCACUUACGUGCAUGAUAGACAGCAAGGAUCUGGCGGGGGCAAAAGAAAACUUUUACGAAAUGUUGCAACACGAGCGUCCUCGUCUACCCACGGAGUAUGAGUACACGGAAUUGCGAGACGCACUUUUCAAAAUAGGGGAUCGGACUGGUGCGCAGAACUUGUUCGAUGCCGUGCAAAAUGAGGGCGAGGAGUUUCGCAACCGCAAGGCCUGGGAAAGUCCGAAGAGCGGAAAACCAGAGGCGCAGGGUGGCGCGUCGCCGAAGCCGUGUCGCGAGCAACUGGCGGAGCCCUCCGUUUUUACGCCAGGGAACGCCGGAGCUGUGGGAAGAAGCGCUCCUCGUGCUGAUGGAGAUCCUCAGGGAAAAGCAGGGUGGAAAGGUCAGGAAGAGAGCAUGCUGGCGCAACAGAUGCAAUCCGGCGAGUGGUAUAUCGGAUGCGGCCGGCCGGAGCCGGGGACGAGAGUAGGCAAAAGCUUGCUCGCUAACCUGCAUUCUAGUAAAAGAUAAAGACUUUUUUGCAUUUGCUUACCUCCUUCGUGGCACUUCGCGGGAUUCUAUUUAGCAGAAUCCCGUGGCCAUGAGGUGGAUGAGGGUUAGGAAAAGGAGGCUUUAUAAUGUUGUUUGUGACGUUGCAAUCCGUGUUCUGUUAAUUUAAAUUCGAAAGAAUGACUGACAACUGAAAUAAGGUAAUGUCGAGGAGGGCUCCGAGGUUCGCGUUUCUCGUCCGGGGGACUUGAUUUGCACGACCGUCCAUGUCUUCGAUCCACAAGGCCAAUCGCGCAAAGUAUUAAGCAACAAGCUCGCCCAGUAUUGCGUGUUGGAAGGAGAGGAGUGCGUGUUUCAUUCCGAGCGGGCAACCAGGGAAACCCGGAACGCUCUCAUCCACAUUCUGGAAAUGCAUGAGAAGGAAGCCUACCUUAUGCUAUUAAAUGCCUACAGCGAAACAGGCGACGCGGUUGGCGCGCGACAGGUGUUGGAAGAUAUGAAGGCCGCGAAAAUCGAGCCAGAUGCGCGGACCUACAACUCGUUACUGGACGCCUACGGAAGAAGAGGCGACUGGGAGGGCGUGACAGACGUGCUGCAACAAAUGAAGGCCGCGAAAAUCGCGCAAAAUGUCGCCACGUGCAACAUCUUCGUCGCCGCGUACAUAAAAGGCGGCGACAUGGACAGCGCGCGGCUGGUGCUGGAGGAAAUGAAGGACGCGGGCCCCGCGCCGAAUGUGAUCACUUACCACACCCUAGUGAGCGGACAUGCUGACGCUGGCGACGUUGAGGGUGUGAAGGGAGUGUUGGAAGAAAUGAGGGCCGCGGGUAUCGUGCCAAACGCCGCCACCUACGACGCGCUGAUGAAUAAAGCGCACAUAGAGAAAUAUAAGCGAGACUGCAGCGUUGCCCGCGAGGGUAUCGAACAGGUCUUGCCGGGGCGGGGAGAGACCAGUGCAAAAGGGAAAAAGAAAAGGGGAAACUCUGUAGAACUAAUUCCCAAGGCGGGAGAUGUGCACGCCGCUUGGGGACAGCCGCCAGUGCGGAGUCAAAGUACGCCCCUAGGACGACAGAGACAACGCAAGCCUUCGGGCCCUCCAUCGGCCCGAGCGGCGGCUGGAGAAUCAGAGAGGCGCUCAUCUCGAGGUCACCGCAGCCGCACCGCCGUUUCUUCAGUUCCGCCGGCCUCAAAAACAGGAGCAGAUCAUCCAGAACAGAACGACAUCCGCCGAGAAAAGGUGUCCCGGUUUCGGGGAGCUACUCCUCGCCGGGGCCGAGGAAGGGGCCGAGGACAGGGCAGACGCUCGCCCUCGCGCCCGGUGCCUAAACGGCCGGCCGCUGCAUCUGUAUUUGUUGAUGCUAGUUCGGCAGCUGGUGCUGGUCCGGGUGGAAGUAAUUCCACAAAUGGCGCGGCCGGGGUGGUGGAAGGAAUACACGACCCGGCUGUCGGAUUUUUUUGGGACAAGCAGCAAAAUCAGGAGCCUUGGCACCACGACACUCAGCCUUGGCCGCAGCCUCCGCAGUGGAUGACGAACGACAACUACACUGGUCCGCCCGCGUUUUAUGGUUGUCAGGGUUUUCAGAAUUGCAUGGUGAGCGCUACUGCGGGCGACCACCACGACUACUGGAACCCUCGCGACGGUACAAGGACGCUUGGCCAUUUUGUAUGGGACGGCUAUAAUCGGGGCCUCGAAGGAGCGGCGCAGCAGCAGCUGGUGCAAGCGGGGGAGCCCGUAGGGGGUCCGCAUUACGUACCGCAGGAGCAGCUGAUGGAGAACCUACUAACCAUUCUGACAACGGAUCUUCCACCAAAAAAGCGAGAGUGGAAGUCUCACUUUGAUGUUCCGCUUUUAACAGGAGCACUUUGUGAAUACAGCCGGCAAGAGUGUGCCGAUAGUGAAGACUGCGACGUAACGAAGGCGACGGCGCAGAUGGAAGGGUCAGACGAGCAACUUCACACUUAAGGUCUGAAUGCAAAGAAGCAAAACGCGGUCUCCAGCUGGUUUGGCUGUUUUGGUGCCGCCAGAGGCCUUAUAUCGAUUUUUAGUGGGACGGCUCUACUUUGUUUUCCUUGUCUCUAUAGCUCUUUUUUUCUAUCUUGUAGCUAUAGGCCACUUUUCUUUCUUUUUCUUGUUCUAUUGCCACCGCGGAUGGUAUUGUCAAGCUAGCAUGUUUAUUCUAGCAAAGCGCCUACCUUUGGUGCCAUACCAUCCCGCUUCAGGAGUAUUUUUAGCGAAAGCCCAUGUCUUAAAACUUAAGCCUAAGCGUCUGACAGUUUUUGUCAAUAAGAAUAAACGCAAUCAUCAUCAAUUUCACACUUGCGCUUACCAAUUUACUAUCCAGCUUGCUUGGUACGUUAUUUCUGUCUCUUUAUCCCAAAGAACUGUAGAUUGUAGAAAAAAACAGACUCCCAAGUUUUCAAAGGAAAAGGCUUCAUAGUUCUUUCUCACUUACAGGACUAGAAAGCACUCUUGCCACCAUAGUUCUUUCUCACUUACAGCACCACGUGAAAGUGGCAGAAAGAUUCCCUCUCUCUUCAGCCUAGCGCCGUGGCAACUUCAGACCCAAAGUCAACAAAGCACUAUUUUUGGAAGGCUCUAGUCCACGCACUAUUUUUGGAAGUUAGCAAAUGAUCUGUAGUCCAAGCACUAGCUUUGAAUUGAAAGGCUCAGUUUGUCAGCAGCAAGUCCAAUUUUUAGAAAUUUCAGGCUAGUCAAUCUGUUAUGCAAAAUUAUUCGAGCAAGCGAAUGCGCUCAUUAAUGUCGGCAAUAACGCGGAGGACGGAAGACGGGAUGAUGACAAUUAUGGAGACUAUUUUGAACAACAAAGUGAUGAGGUGGUGAUGGAAGAACAUGCUCUUUCUGAAGAAUGCAAAUCUGUGAACUCAACCAACGCAGUUCGCUGCCACCAAGAAAGUCAGUCGCAUGCUGAGGAGGCGUCUCCUCUUGUUUGCGCGUUUUGAUAUGAACGCGAGGUCCUCAUGAUGCGGUCUGAAAAUGACAUCUCAAGAUGCGCAAGCGGCCUGAAGCAAGAUGGUCAUCAAUAUCACUGCAAUUUCGAAAAUUCCGAUGUACAAGGCUUGCGUCUCGUACGCAAUAGCCUCAGUAGAGUAGAGCAGUCUUCAUGUGUUCGCCCCGACGACCUGGAAGCAGAGUGCGUCGCUCCACCGUCUCCGUCCACAAAAGAGCGAAAUGCGUCAAGAGGUGCAGUUCCAGGUACAGGUAGUGAGUGCUUCAGAGUGAUUCGACUUCGAGCGUGCAUGAGCCUCCGUCCUAAUUUGUGUGAGAGUUUGCUUCCUGCCAGGAAGUUCCUGGUCGCACGGGGGAGAGCACACAGUCGAGAGCGCGCGACGCAGUUUCUGGAGGGAGAGAUCACGUGGCUCACGAUUGUGGCUCAAGCGCAUCGACAUGUUCCUCACGCACCAAGACCUCCGCCAACGGCUCAAGUGCAGCAUCUCGUGGCGUCCGAAGCGUCCUGGUACUCCUGGAGAAGCUGUUAGUGGUUGUGGUUGUGGCGGUAGUGAUGAUUGCGCUUGCGUUUGCAGCUGCGCUUGGCAUGAGGCCGAAGUCCGAUUUUGUUGCUCACGCGACCAUCUUCGAUGACGAUUCGCUGCUUCCCACCACAGCUACCGACGUACCUUGCGACGAGGAGGGGGCAUGGGCAUCACGCAAACGGGACACGAGGCGCAGAUCACAACUCCUCCGACUAGUCUACGACGUUCUGAAUCAGCGUGCAGCAAGCGAUAAAACAGGCUUUCACACAGCAAAAGGGAGGGGCCACUGGCUGCGGAAAUGGAGGAAGCACAGGAAUGAGGCAACUGCAACAGGCCAACCCGGAUCCGCACUCGAGAUUGGAGAACGCGCUGGCCAGUGCAGAGCAGCAGUUGCGAAAAACGAAGACGCGAGGAUUUUACAACACCAAUGUCAAGGCUACCUCGCCUGCUUUCUCGAAUUAGAAUAGAUAGAACAUUGGGAGAUGUGUUUGCCGAGGCCGCGAGGUUGUGGAAAGUUCACGAACUUGCUAUAAAAUGAAAAACCAUAUACCAACUAC